AUGCUGGUGAGGGCGAGGCGGGCGCUGCGGGGCCUUCCCUGUGGCCUGCGCCUGACGACCGGGAGAGGCCUCGGCGGAACGGGGGCGGCGGCCGACUGCUUCCCGCUGAACCGCGCUCUGCUUCGGCUCCAAGGCCGGGAGACCGAGGCCUUCCUCCAGGGCUUGCUGACCAAUGACGUGACGCGGCUGGCGGCGCUGGGCGGGGCCCCGCAAGAGGCGCUUCGCGCGCAAUACGCGCAUCUCCUCAACGUUCAGGGGCGGUGCCUUUAUGACGUCAUCCUGUACAGGAUUCAUGAAAGCUCUCAAGAAGAGGCCCACGUUCUCUUGGAGUGUGAUGCCGUUGUCUCGGACUCCCUUCUGAAGCAUUUGAAACUGUACAAGAUCCGAAGGAAAGUGGCCAUCACUCCUUGCCUGGACCUCUCUUUGUGGGCUGUCAUCCCAAAGGAGCCGUCCGAGGGCGCUUCCCGUAAGCUCCAGCACCACACCGGCAAAGCGGUGGUUGUGACGUCAGACCCCAGAGUAGACGUUAUGGGUUGGAGACUGAUAACCAGCCAAGGCACAGACCCUCUAGAGAUUGUUCCCGGAAGCCAGAUUGGAAAUAUCAAAGAUUAUCAUAGGCACAGGUACAAACAAGGCAUCCCUGAAGGCAUUAAAGACCUACCUCCUGGAAUAGCCCUGCCUCUGGAAUCCAAUCUGGCCUACAUGGAUGGCGUCAGCUUCACCAAAGGCUGUUAUAUUGGCCAGGAGCUAACAGCCAGGACCCACCAUAUGGGUGUCAUCCGUAAACGCCUUGUGCCAAUAGAGCUGGCCGUAGCUGUGCCUUCUGAAAGCAUCCCUGACGGUGCUGAGAUUGUAACAGAAUCGGGAAAGUCGGCUGGGAAGUACCGGGCUGGACUUAGUGAAUUUGGGAUCGCAUUGCUGCGACUGGCGAACAUCAACGAACCACUGCGCCUGAAACUGUCAGGGGGCGCAACAGUGAAUCUCACUGCUUCCAUUCCCAAAUGGUGGCCAAAACUGACUAAUGGUUAG